UCACAGAUCCGCAGCUUUGUCGAAGCGUGGUUCGCUGUAGAUCAGCAGGACAUGGCGAGUUCUGAGCGAAGGUCGCAGGCCCCACUGGCCCCUCGAGCAACAACCACAGUCACCGAGCACAGACGAGAGCGCAGAGACCGGUGGCGCACGAUGGACGACAGCAGGGGAUGAGGGGCGUGUCAAUCUGGUGUGUUCCUUGUCCCAUCAGGGUGUACAACAUGACUCUAGACCAGUUUCCUGCCUUGGAAGCCCUCUCCGAGUCGUUGUCCAAGCGUCAGGUCAGGAGGCUCAGCCUUGAAGUUUGCCGCUCCCCAGCCGAUUCCGGGCUCCCUGUACAAAUGGAGACCCCUCCCCUGACAAGCUGGCGGUGGCGCCCGCUGCUGGCCUUGGCACUGCGGCUGAUGGAUUCCAUCGUAAGUGCACAGAGAGAGAGACGGGGGGGAGAGGAAGGAAAAGCCGUGCACCCAUUUGAGCCCUUGCUGUGUAUCUCGCGCAUCCAGGCCGUGUUCAGGGGGUGGUCUACGAGACAGAAGGUGAGAAGCGGCCACCCACACGCCAAAUACGACCACCGGCUGUCGUAUAUGUCGAGAGAUACCUCCUGUCUGCUUUGGCUGCUUGUAGUUGAAAUCCGACAAAGCGGCGGCGGUGAGCCUGUCGUCCAUCCGACCACUGAGUUGCCUGCCUCUCUGCCUGACACACACACACGCGACAUGACAUAGUACCUUUCUUUGUGUGUGUUGCUUUAGCCCCUCGUUGAGGACAUCAAGCUGGCGCGCAAGAGGGCGGCGAUUGGUGUCCAAAGGAACUUCAAGAGGUGGCUCGUCCACAAACCCCUCAAGACCAGGGAGACGCACAUCUAUUUUUUGUGGCGCGGCGCGUGGAAAGGCGCAAACAUUGAGCCAGGCCAAAGAGUCGAGGUAAGCGGAGAGACACACAGAUGAUGGGCAUACAUGUAAUGAGGCAACUCCUCAUGUGUCUGCGUGUGUGCAGAUAAGCGGCGACUUCACGGCGCCCAACGUCUGGUCGGAAUGGAAGCUCAUGCGGUGGUGCCGUGUGCUAAGGUGAGUCACUCACCCAUCUCUACAAAUGAACAUUCUCAACCUGUGUGUCUCUGCUUUGCUGUGCCCUCAUGGCGUGCAGGGCGUAUGUCUUCGAGUUGCCGUAUGCCUCACCCGACGGCCGAGGGCCAGGCAACUACCAUUUCAAGUUCACGGUGGACGGCAAAGAGACCGUCGACCGCCAGACCGUCGGCAGCGAAAAGAAGGAGGGAGAAAUAUGUAUGUCGAUCUGGACAGUCGACGGCAAGCGAAUCUCGCGGCGGGUAAAAAGACAUUACCUCGAGACCAUCCGUGUCGCUACGAGAGACGCGGAGGGCCGCGAAUGUAAUGUCAUAUCUGUCCCCGAGCGAAGCUCGACUGCUGUCGCUCUGCCCCCAUCGCAGUCUGCGAAGUCAACACUCUCAACAACGCUCUCAAUGCAGUCGACCAGACCGUCACUGACGAUGCAGCUGACCCAACCAUCACUGACGGAGGACAACAGCCUCAACUACAGCUCUACGGCCCUCGUCACCUUAUCCAAGGCGGCCAUUGCCUUCUACAAAGCAGGGCAUUUCUCAUAUCGACCACUGUGGGAGCCUCCUCCCCCUCAUGAGUACGAGUGCAUUGAGGCCAAAUUCCCGGAAUUGCAAAUAUGCGGAGUCAGAAAUCACGGAAGCAGUAAGCCAAGUGGAAUACGCCGCCUCACUCGAGAGACGAAUUUCCUCCCUCUCUCCUUCUCUCUCUCUUUCUCUGUCUUCUCUCUCUCUCUCUCUCUGUGUGUGUGUGUGUGUGUGUGUUUGUUCAGUGUGUUACCUCAGCAGCUUUGUGCAGUGCCUGCGCCUGACGGACCUGUCCAGCAGCAAUGUGCUCCAUUUCAAGCUCGAGAAGAAGGGGGGGAAAAAGAGUCAGGAGGCGUUCAACCCGAAUCUGCUGGACGCUGUCAAGACGCUCAUCGCAGAAUUCCUCAUCACCGAACGGUACGCACCCCCCCCACACACACAUGUCCCUCCAUCCCUCCGUUGUUUGUGCAGAUCGUACCUCGAUCCGAGUGACAUGCUCAAGACGCUUCCCGUGUUUUACGCCAUCGGGCGGCAACAGGACGCCACUGAGGCCGGCAGAUACAUAUUCGAGGCUCUUGGCGGACACGCAAAGGUACCGUUCUCCCCUUUCAGAGGCGUGUUUGGUGGUCGGGUGGUCACCAAGACAAAGUGCAAGGAGUGCGGCAGGAUCAGCGAGAGGCCUGAGAAGAUAUAUGACCUCGGACUAGCCGUCCCAACCGAAAAGGCAUACAAGAAAAUGUCGGAGAAAGGUGAUCAGUACACACACACACACACACACACAGAUGUACAGCGCAGUCUCCUGUCUCUCUGUCUCUCUGUCUCUCUGUCUCUCUGUUUGUGCGUCUGUGUGGCUGUAUUUGUGUGACAAACAGGUCGCAAGCGUCUGUCGGUGCAGAAGUUGUUGGAGGACUGCAUGAGAGUGGAGGAAAUGAGUGGCAACAACGCCUAUGCGUGCAGCAAGUGCCUCAAGAAGCAGCCGGCCACCAAGUGGCUGGAGAUUCUCCACCCGCCCAAACACCUCUUCCUCUGCCUCAACCGCUUUGCCUGGGACAGGACCGACGGCCGCUCGAAGAAGCAGAAGACACCCGUCUUCAUCGACAAGACACUUGUCCUUAAUGACGGAUUCCUCUACGACCUGUACGCCACCAUCAUCCACACGGUAAGUGACUGGACACACACAAACACACAGACAGAGUGAGUGCAUCGUGUGUGUGAUUGUCUGUCUACAGGGGCCGACCUCCACCUCAGGCCACUACUACACGAUUGGCCGCCGGUCGGAGGGCAGCGCACAGCGCCACAACGAGUGGUACUGCUUCGACGACUCGCGAGUCACGCCCGUCCCUCACACCGUCAUCGACAAGAUCGCUUCGUCCACUGAGAAAGACGACAGGCCAUAUGUACUCUUCUACAGGUACGCACACUGCGAAAACACACAGAAUGCACCAUGGAUGGAUGUGACGUGACCGGCGCACUGUGCAGAUGCCGAACGGCGUCCGUGUCUCCCGUGCCUGCAAUUCCUCGGGGCCUCUACGACAAGGCAAGGGCCAAGGAGGAGGCAGCAAUCAAGGAGAUGACCGAGGCCGGCCGGCAGCAGCAUGAGAAGGAGAAGCACGACAGGACUGAGGAGGCCAAGAAGGUAAGAGACGCCUUCUGCAUCCAUGUCGUCUGCGGAUGACUGUGUGUGCUUGUGAUCUGCAGCUCCGCCUCUCGCAAGAACAAGCGAGCGACGCCGAGCCUUCUCAAAGCCUCGACAACCCCCACGACAUCGAAGACCGCGUGUACGAAGCCGCCAUCCGACAGGCCAUGCGGCGGGAGGCCAUGCGGCGAGCGGACGUACCGCAUGAGGGGCCGCUGAAGGGCUCGGUGGACUUUACCAUCAACUACAUGACAAGGGUGACUGAGUGGCUGGAGGAUGAAGGCAUGCAUGGUCAUCUCUCUCCUUUCUGCGUUCGUGUGUUUGUGUGUUUGUGUAUUUCUGUGUGUGUGUGUGUGUGUGUGUGUGCGUGUGCGUUGGAUACCCUCCAGCCGGGGCAGAAUUUGUAUAUUGUGGGGUCCAUCGAGGAACUUGGGGAGUGGGACCCGGCCCGGGCCGCCCCAAUGAGGUGGACCCCGGGCCACAACUGGACGUGCUGCCUCGACCUCCCGCAAGGGCGUAAGAGACACAGAAGACCACAGGAAGAGAGAGAGAGAGAGAGAGAUGUCUCCUCCUGUGCCGCGCCUGUCCAUGUUCGUGUAUGUGUGUGUGUUUUUUUCCAUUUGUGUGUCUGUGCCGUCGAUCCAGCCAUUGAAUACAAGUUUCUCGUCAAGGAGGGGGACGGGGUGGAGUGGGAGUUUGGGGGGAACCACAAGGUGGGCAGACAAGAGCAAGACGGACCACACACACACAUACACAGACACAUGGAGAUUGAGACACGACCUCUUUCGUUGGUGUGUCUUCUUUGGUUGGUGAAUGCAAUGACUGCAGCUGGAUGUCUUGGAGGAGGAAGACACAGAGCUGUUGGAUUGGUGGGGGCAGGGCGGGGGCUGAGGGAGGAGAGGGGAGGGGAGGGGAGGGGGAGAGGGAGAGGGAGGAGGGCCCCUUCUCGACGCCGUCCGAGGUCGACCUGACGCUGCUGCCAGCCCGACAUCGCGGCACCGGCAUACGUGACCCUCUCAACCGAGCCGCGGCCGCAUACCCCGCUUCCCACGCGAGCACCAAGGUGGUCUCCAAGUCCGUCCAAGGCAAGGCUCCGUUCCACCCUCACUCAUCCGCCACCCCCUCACCCAGAACAACCAGCAGCAGGACUCCGCCUACAAGCCAAGAGAGAAGCCGCCCUGCCGCACAUCGACCGCCGGCGCCAUCGCGUCCUCUCCCGCAGCGCCGCAUACAAGACGUCCGGCUGGCUGGCCAUCUCUCUCUCUCUGCUUGUCUUCCUCGCUGACUGACUGACUGACUUUGUGCUUUUCUGUCUUUCUUUGCCUUGUGUUGUCAAGUUAGUGGCUGGCUAUAGCUAUUCGGUCUGUGUCUGUCGAGUGGAUGCAGCCAGCGUUACACGACUGUUCGGCUGCUCUAUGUCUGCCCCCAUCUCUCUUGAUCUCUCUCUCUGGCUGCCCGAUACUGUGUGUCUGUCUGUCUGUCUGUCUGUCAGAGUGUGUGUCUAUCUGUGUGUGGUCUGUCUUGCCGCGUGGGAGUGUGUGCGUUGCGGUGAAUGAAUUCCGACUGGCUGACUGGCUGGCUUGUGGAAACAAAAGCACUUAUCAAUACCUCUCUCCCACUCCCCUCGCCUCCCCAAGUCGGCUCAGCCGAUUCAGACACUCAGAGAAAGGUCUUCUGCUGAAAAAGCGUC